AUGCACUUCAAAACCAUCCUCGCUCUCACCGCUCUCGCCUUCACUGCCGGCGUUCACGGCACUGCUAUCCCCGUCGCCGACGGCAAGGGCGUUAAACACCACGACCAUGGCUAUGGUAAAGACGGCUAUGGCAAGGAUGGCUAUGGCAAAGAUGGCCAUGGCAAGGGCGGCUAUGGGGGUUACGGCUAUGGCAAAGAUGGCUAUGGCAAAGAUGGCCAUGGCAAGGGCGGCUAUGGGGGUUACGGCUAUGGCAAAGAUGGCUACGGCAAAGAUGGCCACGGAAAGGACGGCUAUGGCGGCCACGGCUAUGGCAAGGACGGCUAUGGCCGGUUCGACUAUGGCAAAUACGAAAGUCGCGACUACGGCCAUGGCAAGUCCGGUUAUAGUAACUACGGCAGGCAUGGCGGGUACGGCCAAGGCGGGUAUGGCGGGUACGGUGGGCAUGGCCAUGGCGGGUACGGCGGGUAUGGCCAUGGCGGGUACGGUGGGCAUGGCCAUGGCGGGUACGGAGGGCAUGGCCAUGGCGGGUACGGAGGGUACGGCCAUGGCGGGUAUGGCGGGUACGGCAAGUCGGGCUACCGCAAGCACGGCUACUAG